AUGGAUUGGCCACCGCGAACAUCUUUUGCUGGCCAGAAGCGGAAAAUUAACGAUGUCAGUUCUGAAGAUGAGAAGGAAUGGGACCAGAAGCCUGCUGUUGGUUUUCGCCGAUUUGCACCGCCGACAGUGACACUCUCUCCAUCACCCCCACCUACCAUGAAUGCAAAAUCUGGUCAUCGUUCAACAUGGGAAAAUGGCGGCGGUUCCACUCUCAAAGGACAAAAUCGGGCGGACAAGGCAGGGCCUGGUGGAAGCGGAAAUACAUUUGCCGCCCGAAUGAUGGCUAAAAUGGGGUACCAGAAAGGCCAGGGCUUGGGCGCCAGUGGACAGGGGAUGCUUAAUCCAAUCGAAACAGUAUUGCGACCUCAAGGAAUUGGUUUAGGUGCUGUCAAGGAGAAAUCGCAACAGGCGAAAGAUGAAGCAAGACGUGAGGCUGCUAGGCAAGGGGAGGUGUUGGAAGAUAGCUCGGAUGAAGAGCGUGAAAUAAGGCGGCGGCGGAAAGAGGAGCGGAAGAAAGGGAGUCGGAGUGGAACAAAUACCCCCAAGGGCCCUGUGAAACCAAAGUUUAGAACUGCGCGCGAGAUUGAAGCGGAUACGGCUGGAUUGGAGGUUCCGAAUAUCCUCAAGUCGUUGGUCGAUGCCACUGGCAAAGAGCAGAGGUUAUUGACGUCGACGGCUGGGUUGAUGACACCGCUGGAGUUCGUGAGCGCUGACGAAAGUGAGGCUCUAAAAAUUGCAAGGAGAGCAAGGAAUGACCUCGAAGCUUUUGCCGAUCAAUGGAAGGCACUGGUAGAGAGAAAGAAAUUUGUGGAGCUUGAAGAGGACGAGGUCGUGGCAGAGUUGGAUACGCAAGAGACUAAAAUUGGACAACUUUCUUCAUUAUCUUUGGCUGUGGAAGCGUUAGAGAAUUUUAGACUUGAUGACAACCUAGCAGGACGAUGGGAGCAAAUCACCCGGCAGUUGGAGGCGCUGGAAAUCCAAUACGAAGAUGUAUUCGACGAGUAUCAGCUCUCUGAGCUGGCUGUUGCGGCGGUUCACCCUUUAUUUAGGGAGUCUAUGGAGGAAUGGGAGCCACUGAAUGACCCCACUUACUUGGUGUCCAAUCUCCAACGGCUUCAACCUAUCUUAUCUCGAAAACCUCAUAACGUGCAGGAGGGUGACUGCAGGCAAAAACAUUCCACCACCCCGUACGAAACCAUGGUAUAUACUAUAUGGCUCCCAAGAAUUCGCUCUGCCAUCCUCAACGACUGGGACGUACAUGAUCCGUCACGCGCAACAGCUCUGAUAGAUGCCUGGAAAGAUGUGUUACCCGAAUUCAUAUGCUCCAAUGUUCUUGACCAGCUUAUUGCCCCAAAACUUAGCACGGCAAUCAAAGAAUGGAAGCCACGAAGUAAGAAGAAACGAAAUGGAACUUCGUCCCAGACAUCACAGUUUCCAUGGUGGCUCUUCGACUGGCUACGAUAUUUAGACGAACGACAUACAAACCCCAAGGCUCCAACCGGACUCCUAUCUGAUGCGAAGCGAAAAUUCCGCUUGAUGUUGGAUACCUGGGAUUUGGAUAGUGGGCUCCCUGGUGGCCUUGAAUUUUGGAAAGAAGCGCUAGGCUCGGAAUUUGACACGGCAUUACGAAAUCAUCUCCUCCCACGUUUAGGCAGGCACCUCCGCGAAGAAUUCGAAGUGAAUCCACAAGACCAAAACAUAGACCCGUUCGAAAACAUCUUGAAAUGGAAGGAUUAUUUCAAACCAGCCAUCAUCGCUCUCCUCCUCACCGCUGAAUUAAUUCCCGAAAUGGCAUGCUGUGCUACACCUCUGGCUCACGUCCGAGCCUAA